CUAUGCCUACUACAGACUCUCCAUAUCCUAUGCUGGUUCUGACUGGUCCUCAGGGCUGUGGGAAGAGAGAGCUGGCUCACAGACUGUGUCAGGAGCUGAACGAAUACUUUGCCCAUGGAACCAGUCACACCACUAGGGGGCCAUACUUCGGGGAGGAGGAUGGAAUUGAUUGCCAUUUUGUCAGUGAGGCAGAUUUUCAGAACAUGAUUCACAUGGGUAAGUUCAUCCAGACCAUGCAGUACGGAGGUCACAGCUACGGUCUGAGCAGAGAGGCCAUAGAGGAAGUAGCCAGGGAGGGACUGGCCUGCUGUGUGCAUAUGGAGCUGGAGGUGCAUGAUUGGGAAGAAGCCUACCAGUCACUGAGGCAGGUUGUGAAGGAGUACCUGUUGCUAGAGGAGCAGGAAGAAGGAGAGAACAACAACAGAGGAUCCCCUGACAACACCUCCAAUAGUCACGAGCCCGAGGAGAAGCUACCCUCACCGAGGUCUGGAUCCGGCGCAUGUGCAUCUCACUCUGCCACACCUAUUGACCCGUCAGAUCCAUCCUACAGGAACUAUUUUACCAAGAUCCAGGCAGAGCUCAGCCCUCAGAAGAACCCUGUUGAGCUAGCUUCCAUCAGGAGGCGAGAGCAUCUGGUGAGAGAGGCUAUGUUAGGGAAGAGUCCAGGGGUCUACAGCCAGCUCUUCAAAAGCUCUGCUCAAUCAGCACCUUCAUCCCUGCAGAAUCCUGAUUUGAAUGAGGCCAGCAGCUCUGAUGAGUCUUGUGCCAGUUCCGCGCUGACUGUGCCCGGUUCAGCCGGGGGCUUGAAUGAUUCAGUGGAGCCGCAAGACAUAUCUGUCCUGGGACACAACUUGGAAACACUCAAAGACCAAACUCCAGAAGCCACCCGUCCAGGCACAGAUCUGCUAGAUGUGGUCGUUUCUCCCUCCUCAGAUAAACGUCCUGGGUCCAACAACAAACCUAUCCUGCCACCAAUCCCUGCUGGGCGCAAGACCCCUGCAUCUCCAAGCCCGGCUACGUCCCCCAGACCCAGCCCACAGCCAGCAGGAGGGGAGGGCGGAGAUGUAGACCGGGAGGGAUAGCUCUUAAGGGUUCAGAUUAUCUGACAACUGACAAAGUUGUGAAUCUUAAAGUCUGAUAGGCUUCUCAAAGCAACUGCUUUAUGAAGGAUACAUUCAUUUAAAAUCAGAUGAAAUUAGAUCAAUCAAUAUAUGCAUUAUAGUCGUCAAACAAAUAUAAGCAUUCCUCUCAAAGGUCCGUACCUGCAAAAGUUAAAAGAGGGCCGCAAACCACACAUUUGUUGCUAUCUUUACACAAACUACACAGCGUGUGAUACAUGGCGAUACACACACUUGUGGCGUCAUCCUCUCAGCACUAGUCUUUUCCUGUGAGCUGUCACUCAUGCAACAGCACGUCUGGAUCUGCUGCACUUGCUUUAUACGAUGUAAAUGACGGUGUUAAUGACCAUAUAUAGAAGGGGACUUCAGUAUAAUUAUAGGCAAAGUUGUUAUUUUCCUCUUUCAAAUGACUAGUUUACAGGCCUUAAGGUAUGUAGCGUUGACAUAUAUUAUGAUUAGAGCUCAUACACCAUUAGUGUUUAUUAUUUACUAUUUAUUUUGUUUUCAAAAUAACAUGUUCCAUUCUUGACUAAAGGAUCUGGCUGUUUCUCUUGGAAAAGUGAAUGUGCACAAACUGCGUGGUGUCAUGUUUUAGGAAUGUAGCAUAAGCUUUCCUGACAGUGAAGUGGCAUUAUAUUUCCCCCUGUUUAGUAAUCUCAUGAAAUAGGGUUUGCCAUUGACAUCUGGAUACUGAUCUUUCAUAUGCAGCAUACAGCUCUUGUCACUGGAUGAUAAAUACAUAAUUAAUCUUUAUCUAUUCUAAUGGGAUUAUUUAUUCAACUGGAAAUGUGUUCAUAUGGAAGUUGUUGACAGGUAUUAA